AUGUCCAAGUCCUCCGAGCCAUUUACCUGGAAAAACGACAUCCGACAGCCCUCUGCAGGCGAGCCUUGGAGAUAUCCUAAGCCUGACACAGAAACACCCCCUAACUCCGAGUCACACUAUGUGACACUUCCAUUUGUUGAUAUCGUGACCUCGUCUGUGCAUAAUUCCCAUGGGGAGAGCAGAUUCCAGGGCAUUAGGAUCCGGAUUCUGGACAAGAACGAAGGCCCUCUGCCUACCGGCCGUGCCGAUGCUGUUUUACCCCGAUAUUUGGAAAUCCUUCAUGCAUGGGGCCUCACGACGGAGGUCGGUGAGGAAGGACCCCCGAUCGAGCGGACGGCGAUCUGGCGAGACGGAGAGGUCCUCUUCCACGGCCGCACACAUCAAUCGGACUCGCGAUACCGGGGCCUCCACGUCAUCACACAGGGUCAGCUGGAGCGGGUCUUCGUGCGAGACCUGCUGCGACAUCAGGUGCUGGUCGAGUGUUGCACAGCUCUCCAAGAGUACACAGUUUCUGAAUCUCCUGAAGAUCUUGACAGACCUGUCCGAGCGGUUAUUCGAGAUAACCGGGGACCGCUCAACUUGUCGCUGACUGAGCGUCUUACCCGAGGACGACAGGAGCUGGACCCUUCCUCCAAAGAAGCCGGAGGCAAGGUGGAUGCUAACUCCAUCACGCCCCAAGAGGUCCUCGAGCAAGCGAAUCGCAUCUUCACACCCUAUACUGUCCGGUUUGCCUCGCCGCUGACCUGGCUUGCGAUUUGGAAAGUCAUUGAGCGGGUCGCAGAGGCUUUUCCUUCUGAUAAUCUGCGAGUCCACCUUGCAGACGAUGCUGCUCACGUCCACAGCGUCUUCGGAGCCUUUGAACUCAACGCCUCAAUCCUCGACGCCUCUAAUCUAACCUGGAAACUCGGCUAUUGCGCACGCAACCUAUCCCCAACUUCAACCCUCCUUCCGACGUAUGAUUCGGAACGCCAUCUGCACGCCGCCAACGUCGUCGAGAUAUCCGGCAAAUACCUCCACUACUGCUGCAACUGCGACAUCCCCGCGCCGCAAACGCACUCACUGAGCAAGGACCUGGGCGCUGAGGCUAUCCAACACGCCGUGCGCGGGGAACCUUUAUACUGA